ACACAAAAACAGACGCCAUUUUUUUUUUAAAUUUUUUUUUUUUUUUAGAGAAAACAUUUCGGAAUAUGUUUUUUAUUGAAAAUGGAGAAAACUGAGCCGUGGCACAACAAGGAGACGAAGACGCUGAUCGGUAUCUGGUCAGAGGAUGAGGUGCAGCGGGAGCUGGAGGGGGCUGUGAGGAAUCAGAAAGUGUUUCAGAAAAUCUCCCAGCGCAUGUGGGAACUGGGCUACAACCGCAGCCCGGACCGAUGUCGAGUGAAAAUCAAAAAGCUUAAACAAGAUUACAGAAGACUGAAGGAGUACAACAAGAGGAAUGGGUCGAACCGGAAAACAAAUCAGUGGUACGACGCGCUGGACGCGGUUCUGGGACGCAGGGCGGAAAAUGUCGGCAGGAGCGUCACCGGUACCGCCGAGUCGGCCACCUCGCUGCUGGAGUCGGUGAUGAGUUGUAACGGUGUGGAGGACAGGGCAGACACCGACGAUGACGUCUUAUCAGUCCGUAUUGAUAACACAGAUGACAGGAGCAGAACCAGGAUCAGUUCUCCUGGGCUUCCAGCAACAUUACCCCUGUCUCCAGGACUGUCCUCACCUGCGUCCAGUAACAUCACAGCCGAAGAACCCCGACCUCACGUCCCCCAGGUCAGAGGAAAAAGGAGACGAGGGUACACGAACCACAUCGACGCUAUGAGAGAGAUCGUCCUUAUGGCUGAGGAUCGUGAAGAUAGAAGGCAACGAGUUCAGCAAGAGUUUGAAGAAAGACGACUUCAGGUCCUGCAGGAGUUGGAACACGCAGCUGGGAUUCGCGAGGCAGAGUUGAUCAACACCCUGACACAGUUUAACCAAGGACUGCUCAGUGUUGUAGGGCAGCUUGUAUCGGUCAUGGCCAGCAAUCACAGCCCUCAACCGCCACCUUAAAACUUUUUUUUUAAUUUCCAAAAUGGUUUUUCUUUGCGUUGUUAUGCAGGACAAUUGUUGAAUGCAGUUACAUGUUUAUAAUAAUAAUAAUCUUUCAGUA